GCCGCUUGGCCUGCCUCGGCUCUCCCCAGCCCACUCGGCCGCUCCUCGCGGGACACCAUGUCGUCCUCCUCCCCCAAGACGGAGAGGAAAACCUGGAGCCUAGGGCGCCUCUCCGUCGUGUCCAGGAAAGGAAGCAUGAAGCCCUCCUCCCUGGAGCUGGCCGAGGACGCCCCCAACGCGCACUACGCGCCUUUCUCCCUCUCCUCGCCGACGGGACCCACCACCACCGCCAGCGCUCCUCGGCCGCCGGCGUUCCGCAGCGAGACGGCUGAAGCAACGGUGGUGAUGAGCAGCGAUUUCCCGCGCCCCUCCAUCAACUUGGACCCGCGCGUCUCCAUCUAUAGCGUGCGCAGACCCCUGCUGAGCCGCAGCAACAUCCAGGGCAGAGUCUACAACUUCUUGGAGAGACCCACCGGCUGGAAGUGCUUCGUCUAUCACUUCACUGUUUUCCUCAUAGUGCUGGUCUGCCUUAUAUUCAGUGUGCUUUCCACGAUUGAUCAAUAUCAAGCUCUGGCUACUGGAACGUUAUUUUGGAUGGAAAUUGUAUUAGUGGUGUUCUUUGGAACAGAGUAUGUGGUUCGAUUGUGGUCAUCAGGAUGCCGCAGUAAAUAUGUUGGUUUAUGGGGAAGACUUCGUUUUGCUAGGAAACCCAUUUCUAUCAUUGAUCUAAUUGUAGUUGUUGCGUCAAUGAUAGUACUUUGUGUGGGCUCUAAAGGUCAAGUUUUUGCAACCUCAGCUAUCAGAGGCAUCCGGUUUCUGCAGAUUCUGCGCAUGCUUCACGUAGACCGACAGGGUGGCACAUGGAGACUGUUGGGAUCAGUAGUUUUCAUACACAGACAGGAGCUGAUAACUACCCUGUACAUUGGGUUUUUAGGCCUGAUUUUUUCUUCUUAUUUUGUGUACUUGGCUGAAAAAGAUGCCGUCAAUGAUUCAGGUGACCAUGAAUUUAGCAGCUACGCAGAUGCCCUUUGGUGGGGAGUGGUAACUGUUACAACCAUUGGUUAUGGAGACAAGGUACCUCAGACAUGGAUAGGAAAAACCAUUGCAUCUUGCUUUUCUGUCUUUGCGAUUUCAUUUUUCGCCUUGCCUGCGGGCAUUCUCGGUUCUGGGUUUGCUCUGAAGGUACAGCAGAAACAAAGACAGAAGCACUUCAACCGACAAAUUCCAGCAGCUGCUUCUCUCAUUCAGACUGCCUGGCGCUGCUAUGCAUCAGAAAAUCCAGACUCUUCCACAUGGAAAAUAUACAUUAAAAAGCCUUCCAGAAAUUAUCACUUGAUGUCUCCUAGUCCCAAGCCAAAGAAAACUGGGAUGGUGUCGGUAAAAAAGAAGAAAUACAAGACAGAAAAAGAUAAUGGAUCUACUUCUCCUGAUAAAAUGUUACCAGUUCCACAAAUCACAUUUGACCAUGCACUGGAUGAUAAGAAAUCUGACAACCUUCAGUUGGAUUCAUAUGAAAAUACUGGACAAUCAGGAAUGUUCAAAUUUCUUGUCCGACAGCAUUCCUGGUCAUCCUUUUCUACAGAGCAGCCAUCUCCCAGUUCUCCCCCUUCUCCAGUGAAAAGAAACUCACCAUUUUUAGAUGUGAACACAGCACCAUUCAUUCGGACCAACAGCUUUGCAGAUGAACUUGACCUGGAGGGUGAGACAUUGCUGACCCCAAUAACUCACAUCUCACACUUGCGAGAACAUCACCGUUCUGCCAUUAAGGUGAUACGUCGAAUGCAGUAUUUUGUGGCAAAGAAGAAAUUUCAGCAAGCCAGAAAGCCUUACGAUGUACGUGAUGUUAUAGAGCAAUAUUCUCAGGGCCAUCUCAACUUAAUGGUGCGGAUAAAAGAGCUUCAAAGAAGGCUGGACCAAUCUAUAGGGAAACCAUCAUUGUUCAUUUCUAUCUCAGAAAAAAACAAAGACCGAGGGAAUAAUACAAUCGGUGCCCGACUGAACAGAGUAGAAGACAAGGUAGUCCAAAUGGACCAGAAGUUGAAUCUCAUCACAGACCUGUUGCAUCAUCUGGUUUCUAGUCAGCAAAGAAACCCAGGCAGCCACAGAUCAUCUCACAGGAAUGAUGCUAACACUCUCCCUACCUAUGAGCAGCUGAACGUCCCAAGGGAAAUCCAAGAUGACAUUUCCUGAUGCAACAGAGAUCUGUUUCCUUCCAUUUAAUUGACACUGAAUGUUGUGAAUCUUGAUGGGAGUUGGGGACAAAUUAAAGCUCAUAAUCAGCCAUGCAAGAAUUAAAUAUGUCUGAUAAACCAAUGUUAUUCUUCCAAAGACAGAUGUUAUUCUCGCAAAGACAAUCACCCAGACAACUACAAAACCUUAAAGCCUACACUGUGUUGUUGCUCAUUAAUGUGGUAUAUUCAUAAGCUCAUUUUUCCUUGCGUGAACAAAUUAUACUACUGCUUUCUGUCACUAUACUGAAAGACCAAAAAGACUAGAUGAGGAUGAUGCAGGCAAAAGUAAACCAGUCUGUGUGCCCAGUUUAUCAGGCACUGCUGCUACUGGCGAGGUUCUGAAGUCCUGUGCAAACACCACUACAGUAGUUUGAAAACUCCACAGCAGCAACACUUGUUGGGUUGCACCCUGUGUCUCUUUGAUAACAAUGAUACUUGAACUUCUAUGGUCAUGUGUGAAUUCUGUAUAUGACUGUGCUGACAGUAAUGUAGUUCUGCUAGUCAGAUUCGAAAGGAAAAAAGUAUGUGGGUUGUAUUAUGUAAACAUACCACUGCCAGUUUAGAAAAUGGCAAAAGCAUGCAAUGUGUGAUUUUUCCCCUCCUGUUUUCAUUUUCAGCUGGUUAUGUAAAUCUUAGAUAAUGACUACAGACUUCUUUUCUUCAGGGAUGAACUAGUGCUUUUGCCUAUAAUAUUAACAUUGUAAAGGAAAGCAAUACAGAUUUUUGUAUAAUAUGGUGAUUUCAUAGGGAUACUGAAAUACAGCAUAGGAAAAUUGUUGUUGUUUUAAUCAUACUGCUGCCAAAUAAUUUAUAUAUAGUAUUUAUCACAACCAUCUGAGUGUGUUGUCCUGAAGGAGCUUGCAAAAUUCAUUGCUUUUUAUAUUGAUGUGUAAGUCUAAUUUGUUUCUCAAUGUACUGUAAUAAGCACAGGUCUAGCAUAACUGGAUCUUGUUGGACAGGGGUUAGUCAAAACUGCUAGGUAGGGGAAACUUAGGCUAAGUUCAUUAAGGAAAGAGUGGAGGUAUGUUACCAGCCAAAUGCACAUUCAUUUCUACAUUGGUUGGCCCACUGCCCUCUGAUGGCAAAAAGGGAAUGUGUGAAUCUCCCUUUUGCUAUGAUGCACAAAGUCUUCAGCCUGUCUGACUGUUACAAAAAGCUCUGCUAGAUGAAUGUAGAAAUGCAUCUGCCUGGCUGCAUUUUCUAUAGCUCCUUUAGCUGCUGUAUGCAUCAGGGAAGCCGGAGCAGGAAACAUUCGAGCUUCUGCAAGCCUGCUCUGUUAAUACAGAAAUCAGCUCUUAUCCAGGAAAAAUCCUGCAUGCUGGAGGGCAGCAAGAGCUGUCCAUGUACGUUGUGCAGCACAGAUUAUGAAAGUUGGCUUCCUGAGAAUCUUACCAUUUAUUUAUUUUAAUUGUCCCAGGAAAUGAGUUUGAAAAUGUAUGAUCUGCCCUUGCAACAUAUUGAAUCACGGGAUGUCUAUGUUGCCUCACCACAUCUCAAACCUAAUGCUUUUUUUCAGUUGGGUUCUCCCACAUACACAACUGUGAAUCAUCAAAUGCUGAGCAAAGCAAGUGAUAUAAAAUCAUAUAUCAACCAGCCCUCAAAUCAAAGGGAACUGAAGAAAGAACAAGGGCUUCAGUUCAAUUUGAAUGAGCCCUAUCCUCAGAGCUGCCCUAAUUCAACAAAUAUCUACAUUUUUCAUAGAAUGAUUCCCAAAAAAUGACGAACAUUUCUGCUUACUGAGCACAAUUGCAGGUUUGGACUUUCUGUGGCAAGGAGUUAAUGCUUCCCUCAUAUAGAAUGUUUAUUUUAUUUCCCUGAGAAUAGCACAUAAGUAUAUAGCACCGUAUUAGGGCGAGUAGGCACUUGAUCAGCCAGAUGAGCUGCAGCUGAAACCUAGCACACACUGAGGUAGCCCUGGCAAUUCAAAAGGAAAGUGGAAUGUUCCCUGCUUCUCAUCCCACAUAGAUGCUUUCCCCUUUGCUAAUAUUAAAGGGUGGCCAGUCAUCUCCUGCCCUCCUUCAGCCCCAGGUGUGGUCCUGCUAUAUCCUCUGGGGGGUACAUGCAUGCCCAUGGCUCCUUAGGUGAGCAGCAAAUUGUGCACAGUCCGUCAGGAAACCCCAACACUAGAAAUACAUUAGUAUGGAUGGCCUGGCCAUGCUUCCUUUGGUGGCCUUGUGACCAUAACACUGUAGUUCAGAAACCCACUUUCCUAUUAGAUUCCAGAAGAUACUGAUGUCCUGGCUGCAGUAGCCAGAGUAGCUGUAUCAGCUUAAAGUGAGGUGCAGCCAUGUCUGUAGCCCCAGAAUCAAGCAGUGCAAAAGCUGUGAUGCCGCACUUGACCUCACUGAACAGAUUUCCUUCCAUGGAGCUGUUAAUGAAGGGGCACACACUUUGUUCUCUGAGGGCUGCUUCAUGCAUCUUACCUUCGUAGGCACAUGUCAGACCCAGCAUAUGCAUCCACUGACUACAUGGCAGCUGUACAUCUCUUUCCACCACCCAUGCCUACAAUGUAAGGACAAUUUAAAAGAAGGGUUACAGCAAUGUAGCCAUUCUGGCACACAGAGAGCUAUGGUCUCUCUGUUGAGAAUGGAACAUGGGAAGGGGGGGACAUCCAUGGAAAGUUCCACCCCUGGCGGAGAACCACCUAACCUGAUACAUGUUGAAUGCCACUGAAGAGACAGUUUCCCUCAAUGUGCCGAAAAUAGUCAACAUUGGCUUUCUAAAUAUACUGCACAAUGUAGACUUUUAAAAAAAUAAGAAUCCAUUGCUAGAACCUUAACUGGAAAAGUUUAGUGUGAGUCUAUAGGAUUCAUAAAGUAUCACACUGGCAGGCCCGUUUGCACCAAGGAAAUUUUUAAAACAUUUAUGUGGAAAUGAGUGUUCAAGAAUACAAGUAAAUGUGACACUAAUCAGAUGUGUUUGAAAAGCAGUGACCUAUGUCCUAAAGUGAGGAAACCGAGUGCUCUUUUUAAAAACCUUUUUAGGGCCUUUUUGUUAUGACAAUGGCACUGGUGGCAAUGGUAUUAUGGAAAACUGAGAGUGUGAGUGUGUGUGUGUGUAAAAUACAGCCAUCCCCAACCUGGAGCCUCUCAGAGAUGCCGGGCUGCUGCUCCCACAAUUCUCAGGCAGCAAGUCCAUGCUGGCUAGGAAUCAGGCGGGUUACAGUCCAGCGCAUUUGGAAGACACGAGGUUGGAGAAGGCUGUGCAAUAUAUAAUAAAGGCUUUUGCUUUAUAUAAAGAUAAGUGGUUUUCCUUCUUUUCUACAGGAACAGAAGCUAGAUAAAUUAAGGGGAUCAUGUGUUUCAAAGAACAAAGAUUCUUGUCCAGUGCUGGGCACAAAAAGUGUGCCCCCAUGCUUCCUUCAAAUAUUUGUAAAAGAACAAAGAUAUGAUAUGUUUCUCAAAGCAGAUAGGUUAAAUCAACCCAUUUGGUUUGGUUUGGUUUGACUUUUCCAUGUAUUUAAAUGAAUGAGACAACAGAAAUUCCAGUACAGGAACGGCAUAAUAAACUCUGUAUUUAAUAUUAUUACAUUAAAAAAGACUCCACACUAAAACAGAUUUGACAAUCUGAUUGUGGCACAUAUCAGUGUAAAUUUACACAAACAGAGCCAGGUUAAAUCAUCUUAUUCAUUGCCUAGGGUGGAAAAUCCAUUUGCAAUUUCCAACCUUUGCAUUCAUGAAUUAACAGGUGGCACAGUCUACCAAGACAUUCAUGCCUCAUUGGUAUGAGAGCAGUGCAACAUUUCCACAUAUGAAGAGCUGCUCCCAGGCCUAACUAAUUCAGCAGUUUCUGCCAAUGGCCAGUCAGAUGCUUUUGGGGGAUCAGUAAGAUGGCAAGAGCCUCUUGCCCAUCAUUUCUCACUCAGCCGGCAUACACUUCAUAGCUUUUAAAAGGCCUAGCUUUUAUUAAUUUGACAGGGAGACUGUGUCUAGGGGGUCAUAAGAUACUCGGAUUCCAAGAUAUGAGGCUGGAAACAAAGCUCCAAGAUGUGUGAUUCAGCUUCCUUCACCACCAGCACAAAAGCCAUGCCAGCUGCCUUUCCAAGAUCAGGAAAUCAACCUCAGAGAAGGCAUUCCAGUGGGAUGGGGAAGGGAGAAGCCAAGGCAGCCAGGGUAUGAGCUCUCCUGGCACACUUCAGCCUCCUUCCCUCCCCCUCUAAAGUUCCUCAUCUAGAAGUGGAAUUACAGAGUGAGAGGUAUGAGAAAGGGAACAGCUUCAGCAGCUCCUUCAGUUCUGCACUGGAUGCUUUUAAGCCUCCUUGUUCAGAGGCUUAUGAGUAACACAAGUAGAAUAGGACCACAUCCUUAUUCCCCUUGUGAAGCCAUGUAAACCAAUGGUAAACAAUACAGCUUGUGGCAACCCCUCUCCCCCUCACACACCUUACAUAGCUGUAAGGAUUUGAAUUCACCACUGUGGGUUUCCUAACCACCGAGCCAUGUAUGGCCUUUUUUAAAGGGCUGUCAGACGGCAGUCCUGUACCUGAUCGUUUCCUCUAUUUGCAGCACUGCCCAAUUCAAAAGUUCAAGGACCAUCAGAAGGGGGGACACAGCAGGGGCCCUGAAGUUGUCCAGUUACAACACCUGCAGCAGACACAGCAGGCAUGCCGGGCACUUGCUCACCAUCCCCUUCAUGUUGAGAGAUAUUUCUAUUUAAAUCGCAAUCACAGUUGCAACAUUUGCAGCCACACAUAUAGACUAGCAUGGGUGAAUUUUAUGUAGGCCUACAUCCUCUUUUGUCCCCUGUUGGGGUGAAGUGUUCCCUCUUCUCUGGCAACUACACAGGGCUCUCCAGCUACUCCUCUCAGACUCUGCUCUUGAGCAGUUCUGGUUCAUUUCAGUGAACCUUGCACAGGGGAACUUGCUAGUGAAUUGUGCCCAUGUCUCAAAUCUGUCUUUCUCAUGCUCUGUUGCACUUCAUGGCACCCAGAAUUUACUGUCUGAGGCAAUCCACCUCAUUUUGCCUCAUGAUUGCCUCAUCUGUGCACAACAGGUCUCCUUUUGGCUUGCGCUUCCAAGACUUUAUUGUAAACAUUUCAUUUUCUUUCUCUGGAUAGCAAAGCACAGCUUCCAAGCCUCCUUAAAUGGAAUGUGGAAUAGAGUUUAAAUUAUUCACCCUAUGUACUUUAGAUGCGUUUUAAAAACAUGUAGAAUAAAUAUCUAAGUGGUAGUUAUACUGGGGCAUUAUAUUUUUAAAGAAAUCAAAAGGGAACUGUUAUGAUUUUGACUCUGUUUUUUAAAUGAUGUUCACUGUUGUAAUUUGAGUUUAUUAAUUUCCUAAUAAAAUA